UGACGAAACCUAUUUUUUCAGAAAAUCUCUUGUUUUAAAUGUCUGAAACUAGAGAGAAAGAUGGGACAAGUGAUAAUUUAGAGAAGUCCAGUGGUUCCGAGGACCCUGAGCUGAACCAUGUUGUUGUGCUUGAACCUGAGAUCAAACACGACCUGGUUCCAAUCCACUCUCUCCUCCUGGACCACGCCAUCCAUCUGCAGGAGAAGGUCAACAGGGAGAUCUACAACAUUGGACUCGUCAGAAGAAAACUAGCACGGGAAAUGGGUACAGUGGCUGAGAGUCUAAUAGGUCUUGGUGGAGUAUCUCUACCGGACGGUCUCCAAAUACCCUCUGUCCUCCCUGAAUCCUCGCCUCAUCAUAAUGUACUAUCUGCCAUCCUCAGCAUUCAUAAAUACAGGGAUUUCUCGGUUAAGAUGUUACAAGAACGGUCGGCAAAGUUCGAGGCCGUUCCCAUCCCACCUCGAACAGAGGACAGUCCGACAGAUUUUAACGAAGCUUCGGACGAUAUGGACAAAAGUUUUCAUUAUCUCAGGACACUAUUGGAUCAGAUUGGAGAAUGUGGUCGUGAGCUACAGAUGUGUGAAGAGGAUGGAGUAAACCUCCGGAGAUUCAGCUCCGAGACUUGUCGACAGAUUGACGCUCUGGAGAAACAAUACGUUUUCGACAAGAUGGAAGAAUUAAACUUCAGAUCUUGCAGUAUACAGUCAAGGAAACCUGUGAAAUCCAUAGGACACACUUUAGAUCUCCAGGAGAUAAUGUCCCUGGCGAAGAACGCCAAGUCUAUGGUGUACGAAGUAAGUCUGAAGAUGCUCAGGGUGGUCGAUCAUCUCAAGGGUGCAGAAAUAUCCAGUACUGCAGCAUACCAUGCAAUAACUAAAGAGAACUCAGAACUUCUCAGGAACUCAAAUCAAUCAGAUUGUUGUAAUUUCUUUCAUUUUCUACGAUUCACUGGUUGUUUGAUUAGUUGUCUAGAUGUUUAG